GUGUGAGAGAGAAACAGAGAGAGAGAUACAGAGAGAGAGAGAGAGAGGGAGAGAGAGAGAGCCACGUGUCACAUGUGCUUCACAGCAGCAGCGAGGAGGCGCGGGGCAUCUGCAAGCCGGAUCCAGAGGAGGAGGAGGCGGAGGAGGAGGGAGUAGAGGAGGUGGAGGAUGCUGCGGCAGGCGAUCCACCGCGGGCUCAAGGCGUCCUUCUACUGGCUCGGCCUCUUCGUCAGCCGCCACCCCGUGUUCUUCCUCACCGUGCCCGCCGUGCUCACCGUGGUGUUCGGAUGCGCGGCGCUCAGCCGCUUCCAGCCCGAGACGGAGCUCGAAGCGCUGGUGGCUCCCGCGCACAGCCUGGCCAAGAUCGAGCGCAGCCUCGCCAACAGUCUCUUCCCCAUCGAGCGCUCCAAGCACAAGCUCUACUCGGACCUGCACACGCCCGGCCGCUACGGCCGCCUCAUCCUGCUGGCUAAGGCCGGCGGCGGGAACAUCCUGGAGCUGGCCGAGCAGGUGCUGCACGUGCACCGCCAGGUCCUGGAGCUGCGCGUGAGCCACAAGGGCUUCAACUACACGUUCGCGCACCUCUGCGUGCUGCGCCACCGCGACCGGCGCUGCGUGCUCGACGACAUCCUCGCCGUGUUCGAGGACAUCCGCGCCGCCGUGCUCGCCAACACAACGCUGGCCAAGGUGCCCGUCAGCUACCCCAACACGACGCUGAAGGAUGGCCGUGUUGCGUUCAUUGGUCACCAGCUGGGCAGUGUCGUCCUGGCUCCACACAGCCGAGACCAGCAGGUCAAGUCGGCCCGCGCCAUCCAGAUCACCUACUACCUCCGCAACCUGCGGCCCAUGGUGCAGGACGCAAUCGCAGAGAAGUGGGAGAACGAGUUCUGUAAGCUGGCGCACCGACUGGCCACAGCCAGCCAGGACCUAUACAUCCAGUCCCUCACCUCUUUCAGCCUGUGGCGGGACUUCCACAAGACUGGUGUGCUGGCUAAGAGUGAGGUGCUGGUCAGUCUGGUGUUGGUGCUGCUGGCUGCUACCAUCUCCAGCUCCAUGCGUGACUGUCUGCGUGGAAAGCCCUUCCUGGGCCUGCUUGGCGUGCUCACUAUCUGCAUCGCCAAUGUGACGGCCGCUGGCAUCUUCUUCAUCUCUGACGGCAAGUUUAACUCCACGCUGCUCGGAAUCCCCUUCUUCGCCAUGGGACAUGGAACUAAAGGCGUGUUCGAGCUCCUGGCUGGCUGGAGAAGAACGCGGGAAAACUUGCCCUUCAAGGAACGAGUGGCAGAUGCCUUUGCUGACGUGAUGGUGUGCUACACCAUGACCAGCUCACUGUACAUCAUCACUUUUGGCAUGGGUGCCAGUCCUUUCACCAACAUAGAGUCAGUGAAGGUGUUCUGCCAGAGCAUGUGCGUAGCCAUCCUGGUGAAUUACUUCUACGUCUUCUCCUUCUACGGCUCCUGUCUGGUGUUUGCCGGCCAGUUGGAGCAGAACCGAUAUCACAGCGUGUUCUGCUGCAAGAUCCCCUCCGUAGAGUAUCUUGACCGCCAGCCCACGUGGUUCAAGACUAUGAUGAGCGACGGCCACGAUCUCUCCACACACCACGACAGCGUGCCCUAUCAGAACCACUUCAUUCAGCACUUCCUGAGGGAGCACUACACUGAGUGGAUUACCAACACAUACGUCAAGCCCUUUGUAGUAAUCCUCUACUUGAUUUACGCCUCUUUUUCUUUUAUGGGAUGUUUACAAAUCAGCGAUGGCUACAAUAUAGUAAACCUAUUAGCCAGCAAUUCACCCAGUGUGUCAUUUGCCCUGACCCAGCAGAAACUGUUCAGCAACUACAGCCCUGUGAUAGGCUUCUACAUUUACGAACCCAUUGAAUACUGGAACUCUACAGUGCAGGAGCACCUCAAGACUCUCGGCCAGGGUUUCAAUAAGAUCUCGUGGAUUGAUAACUACUUCAACUAUCUAAAAGUUGCCAAUGUCAGUGCAUCAACCAAAAGUGAUUUUAUAAACAUUCUCAAGAAUUCCUUCCUGAAGAGCCCGGAGUAUCAGCACUUCACGGAGGACAUCAUUUUCUCGAAGAACGGGGACGAGUACGACAUCAUCGCAUCUAGGAUGUACCUGGUAGCUAGAACCACAGAGAAGACCAGGGAGGAGGUGGUGGAACUGCUGGAGAGACUCAGACCACUCUCCCUCAUUAACAGCAUCAAGUUCAUCGUCUUCAACCCUACCUUUGUGUUCAUGGACCGCUACAGUUCCUCGGUCGUUUCGCCAAUCCUCACAUCGGGUUUCAGCGUCCUGACCGUCCUCAUCCUGACUUUCUUCCUCGUCAUCAACCCCCUGGGGAACUUCUGGUUGAUCCUGACCGUCACUUCUGUGGAACUGGGCGUCUUAGGCCUCAUGACGCUCUGGAAUGUAGACAUGGACAGCAUCUCUAUUCUGUGCCUUAUUUAUACUCUCAACUUUGCCAUGGAUCACUGUGCCCCUCACCUUUUCACAUUUGUACUGGCCACUGAGCACACGAGGACUCAGUGCAUCAAGAUCUCGCUCGAGGAGCACGGGGCGGCAAUCUUGCAGAACACUUCGUGCUUUGUCAUUGGGAUAAUGCCCCUGCUUUUUGUGCCUUCCAACCUGACCUACACACUGUUCAAGUGCUCGCUCCUCACCACUGGCUGCACAGUGUUGCACUGUUUCGUCAUCCUCCCGGUGUUUUUGACUUUCUUCCCCCCCUCCAAAAAGAGGCACAAGAAAAAGAAACGGGCAAAGAGGAAAGAGCGAGAGAGGGAGCGGGAAAGGGAGAGGGAGGAGAUCGAGUGCAUCGAGGUCAGGGAGAACCCUGACCACGUGACCAGCGUCUGAGGCAGAGGUGUGUCUUGGCGUGUGGUUUAAACAGGGAGAGCAUGUCCUGUCCGGUGGGGAGCGAUGUCACGUAGCACUUCACAGGUCCAGGAGGGUCAGAGUAGAGCCGCCCUCUCGAGCGGGAUGACCUUCAACAGCUCCAGCAAUCAGCAGCCUUGAUGUCUAGAAUAGAACGUAUUUUUAACGUGCACCCUUCAUUCAGAACAGUGUAUAGCAUCUGCAGCUGCCGGCCCCUGUUGCCUGUUCACCCGAGAAGCUGCCAAACCCUUUUGGGUAAGAAUUCAACUGGAAAUAUUCACCUUAUUUUACACAACAGUAAGGACAGGGAUCUUUUCUACCUUGUGGGAAAAAAACUGGUGCAGAUCUAUUGAAACUCACAUUGAAUCCAUCUUCUAAAAAAGAGGACCUUUGCUUGUAGAUACUAUUUAAAUUUAAAACAUCGACGCAAAACAUCUGUAUGUCAGAAAAACCUACACCAGAACAUCCUUACUAAGAAGUCUGGUGAAGGGGGUGCAUCAGGGGGUGCUUUUGAGGCUUAACUGACAUCUAGUACCAGAUGCCUCUGUUUUACCUUCAUAACAAAGUUUCCCUUCCACAAAACAGUAAGAGCAGACAUAUGGAUGUCUGCGUGGAUGUUUUAAAUUUCAUACCAUCAACCAUAUAUGCAGCUGCUCCCCUUUGGAAGGUGGUGGAUGUAAAUUAAAUAAUGCCCCACAACACUCUGAUCUUUCUGUGUUGUGCUGAAGAGCUAGUUAGCUAUGCUUCAAAUAGCCUUUCUUAAUGUUAAAUAGAUUAUUGGAAUGUUAGGUUAGCAUAGCUAGCUACUUAACGAUCACUUUAGCAGUAGCUACUUCAGAUUGCAUUUACUUUGAAUGUGUUAUGACCAUGCAACUUUAAAAUUAAAACUGGCCGUGGUGAAAUAAGGUGAAUAUCAAAUGCUCCAGGAAGCCUGUACUGUUUCAGAAUUGUCAACUGUAGCAUGAAGCAGACUUUUUUCUUAUAUAUUUUGUUUUGCUUUUUUUUCAAGAAAAUUCCCUUAGAUGUAAUAUUUAGGGUGUAGCUUAUUUUUUUUUAUUCUGGAUGCAUAUAGAUGGAUAUUUUUGAUUAGUUUGAAAGCCCAUGUUUGUGAAUGAUAAAUUACAGACUACUAUUCAUUGACAACGUAUACAGAUGUAAAGGUCAGUAAUUAUGGUUGUUAAAUCUGAGCAAACGUUUUAUAAAUGUAGCAUGAGUUCAUCAAAUAGCAGAGCUCGGCAAAGCAGAUGUUAUACACUGUUCAAUCUGGACAACUGAAUAGGA